AUGAACUUUAGGAGGACUUUCCUAGUCAAGUGCUUGCUGCUUUUAUUUGCCAAUGUAAAAUACUCCGUCACCAGCGAGAUUUACAUGGCCGUGAAUGAGUCAGCUUUUCUCAGCAUUGCUGCUGCUGCUGGGAAGGUGUAUGAUGCAACAUGGUUGAAAGACAAAAAAAAGAUGCUUCAGUUAAAAAAUAACAGUGUUAAGUACUAUGUGAACAAGGAACAGUGCAGGUGUAAGAUACUCCCAAACGGGACUCUGCAAAUAGAUCAGGUGGUGAAAGAGGACAGUGGAAACUACAUGGUGACGGUUUAUCAGGAGGAUGGAAAAUUAAAGGCAGAAGAAGCUAUAAUGUUCAUCGUUCAGGACCCUGUCCCUCAGCCAGUCCUCAGUGCUCAAUGUGUUAAUAAAACUGCAUCUGUCAUGUGUGAAGUGAAGCAGAAGACUAAAGAUGAAACAUUUUUAAUGGAACUGACUCGAGAUAAAAGCAAAAGCUUGCAAAAGAAUGUAACGAAGUUGGAAUUGCACAAACAGCCUUCUGGGACAUUCAGAUGUGUUGUUAAGAAUAAAGUCAGCAAAAAAACAGCUGAAAAACUAAUUAAGUGCUCAGAGCUGCUGGAGCUUUAUCUCAUCUUAAGCAUAGCAGGAGGUGCAAUCUUCUUUGUCAUCUUCGUGAUUUUGCUUAUUUACUGUAUCAGGAAGAGGAAAGCAGAAAGGCUUGAAGGUGAUGAGGAGGAUCGAAAGAUGCAUGCUUGCCAGACGGACAGUGAAAUGGUGGUGCGGGAGCUCCCUCAGCCGCAGUGCAACCCUACCCCGAAGCAGCUGCGUGUGCAGCAACGGCCACUGCCGCAGCCCCACGUGCUGCAGCAAGCACAGCCCCCACGGCCCAGACCCCGCACUCAGCAGCGGACACCACACCAUUCAAGAGAAAGACCUUGA